AUGCUUGAUACUACCGGUGAUCUCAAUUCCAGAGAUGGGAGGUUCACCUUCAACCUCUCAACCAACGGCCCCGUUGCCUGUAUCUGCAGUGAACAUGAAACUAUCGCCAUUUUGGCCCAAUGGUUCGCACAAGUGGAGGCGCAAUUCCCCACGAGAAAGAUAAUUAUGCAGGACACGAAGUUCGCGUAUGUUAUUGGGUUGCUGCCGCCCGAAGAGGCACGAGAGGUGCGCGAUAUACUGAUUGCACCUCCCGACCAAGACCGCUAUGACCACCUCAAGGCGGAGGUUAUUCGCCGGACUUCCAUAUCUGAGCAAAAGAGACUGCAUCAACUCCUCAUCGCCGAGGAGCUGGGAGACCGCAAGCCAACUCAACUGUGGCGUCGAAUGAAACAGCUGCUUGGAGAAAACACGCUGGAGGAGAAAAUCCUGAAGCAACUCUUCCUUCAACGACUGCCAGCAAACGCUCAAUUCAUCUUGGCAUCAACAUCGCAGAUGACGCCCAUUCAGCAGCUGGCCGAACUGGCAGACAAAAUAAUAGAAGUGUCCAUCCCCCAUCGAACUCACACUGUUAGCGCAGUGUCACCUGCAGUGCCACCAAGCGGUCAGCCAUCACUACAAACGCAAGCCCUACAAGCCAAAGUUGAUGAGCUAACACAACAGGUAAAUGCUCUCACAAGCCAACUCAUGAGCCAACAACGAGGCAGGCGAAGGACACGGGACUCAACUCCAUCCAGACCUCGCUCGUCCUCUCGUGGUCGCAGCCCAUCACAUGCCGGCAAAGAUUGCCGGUACCAUUGGCGUUACGGCACCGAUGCAAAGCGAUGUGUUUCCCCAUGCAGCUACAAACCCCGUCAAGAUCAGCAGCAGGGAAACUCCGAUGCCAGCGACUAA